AUGAGUGAUUUGGUUAUAGGGACUGUGGCACAUCGGUUGGAGCUUCAACCUUGUCCAUCCCCUCCUGAAACUAAUGCGGUUGUUUUAGAUGCCACAAAUAACACACAAAUAUUAAAUUAUAAAUGGGUUGAAACCGAAAUUUUCAAUGAACAAACAUCUUUAGAUUCAUUUCAACAAAUUAACUCUGUUAAAAAAUCAGAAUCCACUGGUGAUAGUUCUAUUAGUGUCCGUAAUUCUGAAGAAUUUUGCAGUAAUAAUAAAUCUAUACCAUUUAAUCGCUUAUAUCCCGGUGUAUUUGAUGAGGUUUCUCAAUUAAUACGUUCUGAUGGUGCCUUUGGGUGUCUAAUCAUUUCGGAGCCAGAUUUUUUGGUAGAAGAAUUUUGUGCAUUUAUAACUAGAAUCUCAAAAUACAACUAUAAAAUUGAUUUAUCAAAGUAUAUAUAUUCAGAUGUAACAUCGACAUUCAUUAGCCACGAUGAUAAUUUGGUUGAAUUUUUGACCAGUGAAUUUUCAGGAUUAACUGGAAAAUCAGAGGAACCUGCCAAAAAUAAUGAUAAAUCGAUUGAAAAUGUUUCAAAACGAAUUUCUGAACAACUAUGUGUCUAUAUUCCUCACUUGCCAAAGUGUAACAUAAUCCAUCUACUUUCUGUAAUCAAAUCUAAACACAUUUACACCUUUGAAGACUAUAUUUUGCUCAUAACAAUACAUGCAAUUUGUAUCGCUUUACUCCCGAGCUUUAAUAAUAAUGAUGAUGAUGAAUUGAGUGACAUAUUCAAUAAAUUAAAUGUGAUGGACUCCGCUACACGGUACGAAGGCGUACCUGGCACGAAUAUAAUAGUAAGUAUUUGCAACAUUUGCACGUUUUCAGUUGCAGCUGAAAUGAAUAAUAUGUUAUUCCACAUUCAUCAAAUAAUGGAUUUAUUAAUGAUGUACAUGAAAGCAUGGAAGGAGCUUGAUUUGCCAAUUAAAUUUAUUGUCCCAUUCGAAAAGUUGGAAAAUAAUCCAUUAACUCUUCUGGCAUCUAGCGAUCUAAUUGUGAAUUUUAUUAGAUUGCCAUUCCCCCUAAUGAGGUGGCAAAGACAAAUGCUAUUUGAAUGGAAAUUAGGUGUGAAUUAUAACAAUUAUAAAUUGUCAAAACUGGUUGAUUCGAGUAACGGUUUAACUGUCGCUGAGAUUUUAAAUUUACCAAUCAUGAGGGGAUGGGAUCAGGAAGAAUCAGAUAAUGAAUAUGGUAUGCUAAAAUCUGAUUAUUAUUUUGAUUUUACAAAUUCAAAAAACGUUUUAAACAUGCCUAUUGAAUCACAUGUCGUUACUGGAGUAUCAGGCGUCGGCAAAACAAAUUAUGCAAUUAAUCUAGCUAAAAAAUUGCAAGUGCCGUUUGUGCGAUUUUCAGUUACAGAAUAUCUGAGACCUGAGAUAGGCUUAUCGGAGAGGGAAAUUAACAAAUUUUUCAAAACACUGUAUAAAUAUAGUUCGGGAAGUGUUUCAUGUGUUUUGCUGAUGGAAUCCCUGGAUUCUGUGAGUUCGUAUAAUGUUACAAGUGUUGUGGCUAGAGAAUUGAACAAUUUACUAUCCAACAAUUAUUGGAACGAAGUGCAUAAGAUACUCGUCAUUGUUACAAUCACGGAUAACAUUGAUUGUUUAAAAUAUUAUCAUAUGAUUAGAAAUUUUAAAGUCAUCAAGUUGGAACCACUAAAUCUUGAUAAUACAACGGAAAUAUUAACUCAAAUGUUGAACAAAACAUUUAGCGACUGUGAACAAGUUAUACAAAUUUGGAAAAGGAAGCAAAAUAAAAAUUCCGUAUUUACCAUAUCGCAAAUUAGAGAUAUUGUAGAGUCAAGUAAGAUGAAAUCUCUUACUCGUUUGUUGGGGUAUGGAGGUGUUUCUGAUAAAUUGACUCUGCUUUUGGAAGAUUUACCAAAUUAA